UGCAACUUGCACAAGAGUCCCCUCCCCUCCCUCUCCCGCGUGUACGCCUCUCUCUCUACACCUCCCCCCACCUCUCUCACUCUGGGCGCCGUGGAGAGGCAGGAUGCCGGCGUGGUGGAACUGCAAGGGCAAGAGCAAUUCUAGCAAGGGCUCAGCCACGGCGGCGGCGGCGGUGGGCUCAAUUCCGGCGGCUGCCGCCGUCGGUGAAGGGAAGGAGAAGAAGGGCAAGAAGAAGGCGAGCAGCUUCGACGAGGCGCUCCUCGCCAAGGCGGGCCGCGGGAAGCAGCAGCAGCAGCAGGCGGCGGCGGUGGGGCACCCGCUCCCGCGGCCGGCUUCCAUCCCGGCGCCGCUUCCCUCCGCGUCCGCGUCCGCCUCGGCCUCCGCGUCGGCGUCCAGCGGGGGCAGCUCGUCGCUGGGGUCCUCGGCGGCGUCUGACGAGCCGCCGGAUCUCGGGAUUUACAGCUUGUCAGAUGCAAGCAGCAUGCUUCCGGGCAGAACACUAGCAAUCGACUUUCAGAAACAAAGCCAUAUGUUAGCAGAAGGGCGGUUCACGAAUAACCAGCCUUUGGAGCAUCCCCGAUUGUCUGAAACCUCAGUUUCUCCAAGGAAAGAAUUUCAUCUUCACAAUUUGGAUCUUGCAAAUAAUGGAAGUACAUACUGCCGUGGUCGGAAAUCAACAGAAAUUGUGUUCAGUACACGGAUGCCGAGCUCUCCCCCUAGCUCAAGAGGGCAUCACUAUCCAACCUCCCCUGUGCGGUCCAGAACAUUUGGGCAAUGUCCAGGAUCUCCAACUGCAUGGCAGGAUGAUUCCCGAAGCACAAGCUCACCUCAACCUCUUCCUCUUCCUCCAGGCUCCCCAUGCUUGUCUUCUCGUUCUCUACAGUGGAAGAAGGGGAAGUUGCUAGGUAGUGGAACGUUUGGGCAAGUAUACCUUGGAUUCAAUAGUGAAGGCGGUCAAAUGUGUGCAAUUAAAGAGGUUAAAGUCAUCUCUGAUGAUUCUAACUCAAAAGAGUGUCUCAGGCAGCUAAAUCAGGAAAUCAUGCUGCUGAGUCAGCUGUCACAUCCAAACAUUGUGCAGUACUAUGGCAGUGAUCUGUCUAAUGAGACACUCUCAGUCUAUCUUGAGUAUGUUUCUGGGGGCUCUAUCCAUAAGUUGCUUCAAGAAUAUGGUCCAUUUGGGGAGGCAGUCCUUCGGAAUUACACAGCACAAAUCCUUUCUGGCCUUGCAUACUUGCAUGGGAGGAAUACAGUGCAUAGGGAUAUCAAAGGGGCAAACAUACUUGUAGAUCCUAAUGGUGACAUUAAACUUGCUGACUUCGGUAUGGCCAAGCAUAUAUCAGCAUACACAUCUAUCAAGUCCUUCAAAGGGAGCCCUUCCUGGAUGGCUCCGGAGGUUAUUAUGAAUAUCAAUGGCUACAGCCUUUCAGUGGACAUUUGGAGCCUUGGCUGCACCAUUCUUGAAAUGGCAACUGCAAAACCUCCUUGGAGUCAGUACGAAGGGGUGGCUGCAAUUUUUAAAAUUGGGAACAGCAAAGAUAUACCUGAUAUCCCAGAACAUCUUUCUUCUGAGGCGAAAAGCUUUCUGAAACUAUGUUUGCAGCGUGAUCCUGCUGCCCGCCCUACAGCAGCUCAGCUGAUGGAUCAUCCUUUUGUCAAGGACCAAGCUACGGUUAGGAGUUCCAGGUCUUGCAUGACGAGGGAUAUGUUUCCAACCUCCACGGAUGGAAAAAACAGCACGGUGCAGACAAGCAUUGCAAUUUCAUCAUACAGAAGCUUAUCUCCUCUAAGAGAUCCUGAUAUCACGAUAAGAAACAUGCCAGGACCAACAUCUCCCAUUCCUUCGAUGACAAAUCGCAGGAUCUCUGCAAUCAACCCAUCCAAUGUGCGUAUGAACAUGUCCCUGCCUGUCUCUCCUUGCUCUAGCCCGUUACGGCAGUACAGGCAGUCCAAUCGAAGCUGCUUGCCAUCAUCUCCUCACCCAGCUUAUUCAGCUGGAGCAGCCAACUACAGUCCUAUCAACAGAGCACUCUAUCCGAUAAGACCAAGCAACAAUCUCACAGAUCCAUGGCUCGAAAUCUCUCAGCUGAAAACACAAACUUUUGAUUCUCCAAGAAGAUUGUAGAGAUUCCAAAAAAUAAUAAUACUUUGUAUAGAGGAAGGAAAAAAGUGUUCCAUAAAUUAUGUUGUUAGAAGAACGAAGGGACUCUUUUUUGUUUCACAUUUUCUGUAUGUAUCUUUCACUCAGGAUGCAGUCGCAUUGCCGUUGUACAAAUUCAGAGAAGAGCUCUAGUAAAAAAGAAUAGCAUUUCAGAUCGCACCUGUAA